UUUAUUUAGCUUGUGGCGUCUCUUUGACCUUAUUUAUUUUUAUUAAAUAGAAUAGAUAAUUCAGUCAUAAAAUACAGAUUUUUUAGUUUAUAAUUUACAAUUGCAUUCUUAUUACAAAGAUGACAGCAGUAGCAUUUAAAGUGAAAAGCAAAAACGGGCAGCAAAUAUUAAAAGAUUUGACCUCUGAUAGUACAGUUGGUGAAUUAAAAAGCUUUUUGUGCAGUAUUUCGGAUAUUGGCUUCGAACGAAUUUGUGUGUUAUGUGGAUAUCCUCCGAAACCGUUAGAUAUUAGCGAUAAUGAAAAAAAGCUGUGCGACAUUGGCCUUAAGACUGGUGAGACAUUGAUAGUAGAAGAAAAGUGUGUGCCAACUUCGACCCCUACCCCACAAGAAACUAGUAGCCCACCGAAAAAGAAACCAGUUGAAAAUGGUGUUGCAUCACACGAAACAAUAGGACCUUGCCGACCUGGUAUAUUGAUGAAGAAAGUAGUACCUUCAGAUAACUCUUGUUUGUUCACUAGUAUAGGUUUUGUUUUAAAUGGCAAUGUGGACACCUCAGUGCACACACUAAUGAGACAAAUCAUAGCGAUGGAGGUGGCCAGUGACCUUGAUACAUAUAGUGAAGCGAUGCUUGGUAAACCCAAUGCAGAAUACUGUACAUGGAUUCAGCAACCAAGCUCAUGGGGUGGAGCCAUUGAGGUGGCAAUACUAUCCCGCUUUUAUGGUUUGGAAAUGGCUGUAGUUGAUACAUUGAAUGCUAUUAUUAAUAGAUUUGGCGAAGACAAAAACUAUGGACAGAGGGUAUUUCUGCUUUUCGAUGGAGUUCACUAUGACCCUCUAUAUUUAGAACAGUCUGAUGGUGGCAUCCAGACAGUGUUCCCGGCGGAAGACAUGGAUAUAUACCGUGAGGCGGAACAGUUAGCCCAUGAAGCUAAAUCAUCCCGACAAUUCACAGACUUGAACAAAUUUACACUCAAGUGUAUGGUGUGUGAUAAGUUUUUGACAGGUCAAGCAGAAGCCCAGAAACAUGCGAAGGAAACAAUGCAUAUGUCUUUUGGGGAGGUCUAGUAUAAACAAAUUGUAAAUUUUAGUUGAGAUUUAUUCGAGUUGUGUCCAAUUUUGAUUAAAAAUUGACUUGAAAAUAGCGACAAUGCUACAGUUUAUUAUAUGUAUUUUUCACACCAAUUUAAUAUUAAUUUAUAAAUUGUGUAAAGUUUUAGUUGGCAAUUGACGAAUGUAUACUUUGUAUCAUAAAAUAUAUUUAUUGCGCCGCCCUUUUAAGCUCUCUAUAGUGGCAUUGCUACAGUAUCAGCCAUGUAACUUCAGAGGGUAUGAAGCUGAUA